AUGGCGAGCGCAGUAUCGAACCUCCAUUCCGGCUCGAACUCGCGCUUCAACGCUGAAGCAAAGUCUUGGGAUGCCCGGCCUUUUGUUCACGAAGCAUCGCAAGGCGCUGCAAAUGCAAUAGCCUCGAAGCUGAAAGACGCCCCAGUACCCGAAGGUGGUCUCCAGAUCCUUGAGAUUGGCUGCGGGACUGGCAUUCUCUCUUUCCUGAUGGCGGUUCAUCCGAAUGUCAGACAGAUCGUCGCCGUGGACGCAGCUGAUGGCAUGAUCGAUGUGUUGAAGCAGAAGCUAGAAAAGGACGGCGCACCGAAGAACAUCUUGCCUCUCGCACUCCUUUUGGAAGACCCGGAAAAUCCCCAGCUUCCGAACGGAGACAAUGGCAAGAAGCAGAAGUUUGACGUGAUCACUUCUCACUUGGUGCUACACCACAUCCCUGAGUUGGAGCCAGUGCUUCGGACCAUGUAUGAAUGCCUGAAACCGGGAGGCUGCGUAAUGCUCACGGACUUUGAGGAUUUUGGACCGGAAGCGAAGCGAUUUCACCCCGCGUCGAAGAUGGAUGGAGUUGCUCGGCACGGCAUAAACGCCGGUGAGAUGAAGACAAAGCUGGAGAAUGUGGGCUUCAACGACGUGGAGGUCAGACCUCAUUGGUCUAUGAAGAAGACGGUCGAGAAGUUUGAUGGCGAGUUUGGAGAAUCAGGGAAGAUUGAGCCGGGCGCUGGUGAAUUAAUGGGAUUUCCAUUCGUAGUGUGCUACGGAAAGAAGUAG